CAGCGCGCCCUGGGACUUCCGUAUGCUGGCUUCCGUUGGGAGCUGCAGUGACUAUAGCUAAGCCUCAGGUAAAAAGGGCUCACUUUUGGGCUUCAUGAGGCCUGACUCACCCAAAGCACGGAAUUGCACAUACCUUAUUUUUGCAGCCUCCAGCGAUUCCCUCCAAAUCCCUUUAGUACCCAGAGACCUCUGAAACCGACCUCUAAUCGCCUUCGGCCCUCCACUUCCUCAAGCCAGAAACCCACAAUAACAGGUCACACCGAGCAGAGACGGUGCUGCGGCCUCCUGAUCUGGUAUCGAGGCAGUUCUCCGAUCUUUGUCUCUGCAGCAGCGGAUGUUGAGUGGGCAGCUGGUCCGACGCCUGGUCUCCAUGGCCACCCGCGUGUGUUUGUCCCCGGGCAGCGCGGGAUCCGGGACCGUUGGUCCGGUGGAGGCCACCAUCCGCGCGAAGCUGGAGCAAGCCCUGAGCCCCGAGGUGCUGGAGCUGCGCAAUGAGAGCAGCGGCCAUGCUGUCCCUCCUGGCAGCGAGACACACUUCCGAGUGGCGGUGGUGAGCUCUCGCUUUGAGGGAAUGAACCUCCUGCAACGGCACCGGCUGAUCCACGAGACGCUGUCAGAGGAGCUGGCCGGGCCUGUUCACGCACUGGCCAUCCAGGCCCGGACCCCCACCCAGUGGAAGGAAAACUCUCAAAUGGAUACAAGCCCCCCCUGUCUUGGUGGGAACAAGAAAACUCGAUGAACACCUUGACUCUGAGAUAGAGGAGGGCCAGAAUCUGAAGGGGCUGUGUGACAAUAAAUAAGUACUUGAUAUGGUAAAUCAAAAGGACAAAGAUCCCUACGACCUGUUCUGCUGCCACAUGUAUAUUCUCUAGAGAUAACCUAUUGAAGGUCAGAGUGAACCCAGUCACAUACUACUGCUCUUGCCUGGACCCUUCAUAGUUUUUCCAUGUUAAAUUGUGACACCAGUCAUGAAACAACCUCUAUAUUAAAAGAAAUGAUCAUAAUGAGA